CGAUGGCCCUCGGACCCACAACUCUGGCAAUAGCACUAUUUGCAUCAGCGAUUGCAUACAACUGAAACUCCUAUAGUGCUGAUGGGCCUCCACGCCGGCCGCCGCCGCAGCAAGCGCGCAGCGCGCCUGCAGCGCGCCGAUCUGCGGGCCAGAGAUGGCAAUAAUGGCAGAUACUACCCGCAAGCGGACGCUCGGCUCGCGAACAACCCGGAUCUGGCCCCGGGCAUCAACUGCUGCGCCGUCUGCGCGCGCCAGUUCAUCACCAAGGUCUGCCCCGUGUCGCGCCGCGUCCGCUACUGCAGCGCGCACCACAUGCUUAUGGACGCGAAGGCGCGCGCGCCCUCGAUGCGCGUGCUGCGCCGCAUCGACAUGUUGAAGGACGACGGCGAGCCCGUAUCCAUUGAGAGAGACGAGCUGGGCCUGGCGCGGCUCGCGAACGACGGCUUCGGGGUCGUGGAGAUCACGCCGCCGGCGUGGGCCUACGCGGAGACCAUGUCCUAUCCGUUGAGCGUGGCGCAUUGCCUCACGGCUCUAUCUCCGUUCCGCAAGGUGCGGCGACGCGCCCAGAGCGACGCGAUUCGUAUCGUCAUCAUGGGCGCGUCCGAUGCGGAAGCGGCGGCCGCACCGCACGUGUGGUUGAGCUGCUUCCGCCAGGCCGGGCUGCGCGGGUCGUUCACCGUCGUCCUGGUCGGCCCCGAGCUCUCGCCCCAAGAACCGACCGAGGCCUGGAAGGAGACUUGUGACGUGCGACUGGAUUAUUUAUGUGAGACGGCGGAGGACAUUCUAACUACGGCGGACGCCAUCAUUGGAUUUAAUCUCGGGCUUACGGUCGACGCCGGUGCAUGAAUCAUGACCUGCACGCCAUCGACGAUUCACUGCUUGAUUUGCGCACAGGUCGACGCCUACGACUGGGGCCCCUCGCUCGAAAAACUACCGGCCGGCAAGCCGAUCGCCUUCUUCACGAACUCGCUGCCCGAGCUCAAGGCGGAGCUCGAAGUAUACGAGCUCGUUUGUCGGGUGAGGACGUGUCGGCCCAAUCCUUUCCGGAGCCCGCGCUGGCGCCAGUCGACGAGCAUGGCGAACGACAUCUAUCGAAGGCACAGCUACGUCGUCGCGGGGACCGUCGAAGUUUAAAGACAUUAA